GACUCAGCCAUGCGUGACACCCAGGAGGGCCACCAGUGCAUUCUGCCCCGGGAUUCCGGAACCACGCUGCCGUCGAACCAGCUGGACACGACACCGUGGCAGCGGUUCCGGCGCCGAUUGCGCAAGCUGUUCCUCCUCUCGCCGUCCCACCCGGACACGGAGACGUUCUUCCGGAGCUUCGCCCAAAUCACCAACGAAAACCGUCGCCUGGUCCAGCACUAUCCGGGCUUUGUGAUCCAUCCGCUGAGCGGCUUCCGCAAGUACUGGAACAUUGUGAUCGGGGCGGUUUUGGCGAUCCAUUUGAUGCUGCUGUCGUUUGUGGUUUCGUAUCUGAUCUACAUGGACGUGAGAAGCUUCGGCGGAUUGAUUCGGUUUGAUUUGAUCUUGUGUGUGAUCUUGGCCGUGGAGAUUGUGCUGAAGUUCUUUACGGGGUACGUGGUUUUGGAUCGAAAGCAGAUCGUUUUGGAGCCCAAGAAGAUUGUGUUCAACUACUUCAAGUACUUGCGAGUGGUGUUUGACCUGCUGGAUGUGGUUCCGUUCAUCCUCUUGCUGUACACGCUGAACGAUUGCUACUACGAUGCGAAUCCGCGGUUCUACCUGACGAUCGUGCUGUUCCUGUACGCCAUCAACAUUUUCCGGUUCCGGGAAAUCAACCGCUACUUGGUGGUCAUCCCGAAGCUCUUCCGAGCCAGCGAGAACAAGAUCAUCAUAAUGCGACUGAUCAUCGGAACGAUCUACGUGGUUCACUGGACGGCUUGCGUCGGAGAUAUUGUCCCUUUGCUGGCGUUCCAAGCGACGGACGGUGCUCCCGAGUGGAACAACACGGACUACCUCGUGGGAACGUUUCUGGUGAAUGUGUUCUCGUACCGAUAUCGUAACAAUGACUUUGCGGAAGCCGUAGCAGGAUAUGCGCGGUUCCGGGAGUACUACCACAUGGUGGACUUCCAGCUGACGUCUUCGCGGGAUCACCGGUUCGUGCUGACCAAGCUGAACGACGCACUGCGUAACCAGUCCAUUCCGGCGAUGUACGUCCGAGCGGUGAUGGACACGAUCCAGGUUACGAUGCAGUCGAGUCGUGUUGAUCUGGCUGGGACUAGCAGGACAAGCGAUCUGAUUUCGUCCUUUCUCGUUUUGUGCGGCUGGCUGUGGCUCAGCUACAUCCUGCUGAACAUGAUCCGGAUGGUCAUCUCGUCCGGUAUGAGCGAAACCAAGUACGAGGAGAUCAUCAAUGAGCUGAACGCGUACGCGUACAACAAACGCCUCAGUCCGGCCAUGACCAAGAAGAUGCUGCGCCACUUUGCGAACCGCUACCAGAUGCGGUACUUUGACGAGGAAGCGAUCCACAACACCAUCUCGAACAACCUGCGGCGCAGCAUCCGGAUGGAGACGUGCCAGCAUCUGGUGAAGAACGUCGAGCUGUUCCGGGAUCUACCGAACGCGCUGAUCGCGAAGGUCGUCGAUCGGCUGAAGCUGGAGAUCUACUUGGAGAACGACGUGAUCAUUCAGGAGGGAAGUUACGGGGACGCGAUGUACUUUAUUGCCAGCGGUACGGCGGGGAUUUACACCGUGGGUGGGAAGGAGGUGGUUCACCUGGUGGACGGAGCACACUUUGGGGAGAUUUCGUUGAUGAAGAAGGACCAGAAGCGGAUUGCGAACGUUGUGGCGCUGGAGGUUUGCGAGGUGUACAAGCUGUCGUACGCAGAUUUCCAAGUGCUGAUUGCGCCGUACACGAAUCUUCUGAAGAGGAUGGAGAAGCUGGCGGACGAGCGGUUGGCCAAAACGCAAGGGACCACGGACAAACUGUCGGAGGAGGAUGUUUAUGAGAACUUUUUACAGUAACUUGUGCGU